CUGCGAGAGGCGGGUUAAGUCCGUGUAAUACGGAAGUAGGGGGCGGUCAAAGUCGAAUCAGGGAGCACGGACAGAGUUCGCCUUCCCAGAUAGGAAAUGGGUUUCGGAAGCAAGGACAACGCCAAAGGUUCUGGUCCAAACGGUGAUGCGGACCCAACGGCCCCAGUCUUGCGCAUCAACCAGCUAGAUGCCCUGGAGCUGGACUCGGCGCUUGAGCAGCUCGUGUGGACGCAGUUCUCCCGGUGCUUCCAGAGCUGCCGCCCUGGCCUGCUCACCCCCCUGGAGCCUGAACUGAAGGCUCUGCUCCGGCUGCUCCUGUGGAGGUUCACGCUGUACUCCAACAGCGCCACCGUGGGCCAGGCGCUGCUGAGCUUGCGCUACCACAACGUCCUGUCCACCGCUCCUCGCUACAGGCCUCUGUCCCGCAGGCAGAAGCUGGGCUUGGCCUUGCUCACCGUGGGCCCCCAGUGGCUCCAGGAUCGAUCGCACAGCCUGUUUCUGGGCAUGGGUUUGAGUGCAGGGGGGCUCUUGUCUGAGAGAGAUAGUGGUUUGCUCCAAAAGGGACUUCGCACUUGCUUGACUCUCAUUUCUUCUGUUGUCCAGCUCGCAAGUCUCCUCAACUUCCUUGUUUUCCUAAGGAGGGGUCAGCACCCUGUCCUGUCUGAAAGGAUCGUGGGAGCGCGGGCGGUUUUCGCCAAACCCAACGUGGUCCGGGACGUGACCUACCAGCACAUGAACCGCGAGCUCCUGUGGCACGGCUUCGCCGAGUUCCUCAUCUUCCUGGUACCGCUGCUGAACACGGGAAAUCUGAAGGCGUCGGUGUCGGCGCUGGUGUUCGGGCGGGAGCGCGUGGAGGCGCGGGGGGCGGGAGACGCGUGGAAGGAGUGCGGCCUGUGUGGAGAGUGGCCGACCAUGCCUCACACCGUGGGCUGCCGCCAUGUGUUCUGCUACUACUGCAUCAAAAGUCAGAUCAUUGCGGAGCCGUGCUUCGCGUGUCCCAGAUGCGGUGCAGAGGCGGGCCAGCUUGUGCCGGCCAAGAUGGAGGUGGAGAUGACUGAAAGGUGAUGGUGUCAAAACCCACAAGACCGGAAUAAAAAGAGAUAAUUUGCACCACAAUGAAAUUAACUAGUUACAAUAUCAACUGUACUUGUUGAUGCCUGUGUCUGUUCUGCUCUCACACACACACACACAGACCUGCUAUGUUUAAUGUAUGUGUGCAUAUAUUGACAAUCCCCUGCCCCGUUCGUUUCUCCAGCCGGACUUUGGGCAGAACUAUUUGUCUUCAGCGCACUGGACAGACUGCAGAGAACCACACAGAGCAUAUAUUUGAUGAGUGAACGUGUUGAUUUAUGCUCCAAAUUGGCUCUGUGUUAGCGCGUGUGUGUGUUUGUUGAAAUGGGAAUAUUUGUUCUGAUGAAAAAUGCAGAAAGUCAGCUGAAUAAAUAAUGGGAGGAAUUUCUGAUGCCUCUCAUCAUGGCCAAA